GUCAAUUUUCUAAUUAUCGGUGCAGGCGGAGCAGAGACGAAGUAGCCCAUGGAGAAGAAGCUAUCCUCAGUUGCAAAGACCUUCACUCCCUCACCUAUUCAAGAGCUCUCUCACUUUGCUCAGAGAUGCAACGCGAUCAACCUCGCCGAAGGCUUCCCGGACUUUCCGGCUCCCAUCCACUUGAAAAUCGCUGCCGUUUCGGCCAUUAAUUCUGACUUCAAUCAGUACAGGCAUGUGCAAGGAAUUUGUGAGCACUUGGCGAGAACUACGAAGGAAAUGCAUGGUUUUGAUGUUGACCCUCAGACUGAUAUAGCCAUUUGCUGCGGCCAAACAGAGGCAUUUGCAGCCGCAGUGUUUGCUGGUUUUUUUUUCCGCUGUUCUCAAGUUGCCAUUUACAUGGUAGUUUUUACUUGUUUUGUUCAUUACAUGAACAAUUUGGGUAUUUAUGUUACUGGCUCCUUUUUGACAGUGAUAGACCCGGGGGAUGAAGUUGUGUUGUUUGACCCUUCUUAUGAAACAUACGAAGGGUGCAUCAGAAUGGCUGGAGGAAUCCCUGUAUACGUGGGACUUGAGCCUCCUUAUUGGAGUUUGGAUUCAGACAAAUUCAUGGGGUCUUUUACUCGGAGAACAAAAGCUGUGAUAUUAAACAGUCCUCAGAAUCCAACUGGGAAAGUUUUCACUAAAGAUGAGCUUGAGAUCAUUGCAGGAGCUUGUUGCAGAAGGGAUUGCCUAGCUAUAACAGAUGAAGUUUACGAGCAUUUAACAUAUGAAAACAUAAAGCACAAAUCCCUUGCCUCACUUCCAGGAAUGCAGGAGCGGACAAUCAUUACUUCUUCUUUAUCAAAAACUUUCAGUGUCACAGGGUGGAGGAUUGGGUGGGCGAUUGCUCCAGCUUUCUUUGCCUCUGCAAUUAGAAAUAUUCAUGUUAAACUCACUGACUCUGCUCCAGCACCUUUCCAAGAAGCAGCCUUGACUGCCUUAAGAAGCCCUCCAGAUUAUUAUGAAUCAUUGAGAAGAGGUUAUGAAUCAAAAAGAGAUUACCUUGUGGAGCUGCUUGCUAAGAUUGGUUUUCAGAUUCAAUUGAAGCCUCAGGGUUCAUUCUUUUUAUUUGCAGAGCUUCCUAAAAAUUCCUCACUUUCUGAUGUAGAAUAUGUCAAGGAAUUAAUAGAACAAGCAGGGGUGGUUGCAGUACCAGGUUGCGGAUUCUUUCACACAAAUUUAUCUUCGGAGAAACCAUCUCAGGUAAGUUGUAACUACCAGAAGAGAUACAUCAGGUUUGCUUUCUGCAAAAGCGAUGCUACAUUGGCUGCUGCAGCACAAAAACUUGGUGAGCUGUAGCUGGGUGUCUCGUCUCAGUAAGAAUUAGGCAGGAUACAUGAUGUUCCAUCAAUGUAAAAUGGAAUUAAGUGAUGUAACUGCGGUUGUUUUAUCAAGAAAAUCAAUGCAGUGAGAUAGAUGUUGGAUAAUGUAAAAUUGUAUUAGAUGUUGGGAACUAUUCUUUUAAAAGGUGCAACAAAUUAAAGAGGA